AUAAUAUGAAAUAUUUGCGUGGGUUGGCAAACUCUGCGGUAAACAUGUUCUCUUUGUUCGAAAUUAAUGUUGCCGAUAAGUUGAUACUUGUAGCGCUGGAGAAGUCGAGAAGUGACCUUCACGAGAUACUGUAGUUUUGAAACAAGCUCAGGUAUGUUUAACAUGUAGAAAAGAUCAUAUGUUUACAAAUAUAGAGCUGAAACCAUUUAACUUAAGUAUAUUUGCAGUAAUCCCCAUUUCGAGUCGAUGUUAAUUCUUUUGAUAUACAUAUACUGUCAACAAGUUCUAUUCAGAAUUCAUGAAAUAAUAACGUUUUGAUAAUUUCCUAAGCACAUGACGAUUGUUUCAGAUGAAAUGAAAACACACAUGGUUAUUUUAUGUGGAUAACAUCAAGUUGUCGAGUGAAGACCUAGUUCACAGUUAAUAAGCUGGCUUACACCAAUAACAUCGUACAUGCAUGAUGUACAAAAAGUACACAUAUUCUAUCAUAUACACAGAGAGUUCCAUAUUGAUCUCCAAUGGCAAUGACAAGUUCAAACCACGAGGCUUGUUUCGUAAUGCGUUGGCUAAAAAAUCUAUAAGAAUUUAUAUAACUCAUUAUAAGAAUGUAUGUUUUGAUGCAGAUCAGAUAUAGUACGACAUGCAGAAAUUAAAAGAUAUCCAUGCAUAAUACGUAAACGAUUCAAUACAGCUAUACCUGGUCCUCAGCGUAAAUGAACUUCUCAGGAUGUCUGAUUUGAGUUAAAACUUAAUUUGACUAAUCCUAAAUUGAAGAUAUCAGAAAAUUUGCUUUCGUGCCUCUCAAAAUAUGGUUGUGUGUAGAUUUUGUGAUCUUGUGUGCUCUGAUGACAUAUUGCUCUGAUUUCUGGGGAAUAUUAAGUUUGCUUGGCUGCACAUAUCACGUCAGACGCAUAGAUGAGUUGUAUACUGUAAUCAUAUUGUUGACCCUGUUGACUCGAAUUAUCAGGAAACAUAGACAAUCAACUGUUCAAAGUACCGCUGUUGUCUCUAAUACAUGUUCUUCUUGUCUGCUUCCUAUAACCUCAAAACGGAAUUAUCUGGAGACGAGGCGGAAUUAUGGAAUGGGUAAUUCUUUCACUCUUUACCUUAUAGAACGUGGAAUUUUGUGUUAACUGCUCGACCAAAUAGGAUGAGAAAAACGUAAUUUUCAGUUUAAAAUUUAACAUAGAAUAUAUUUUUGCAUAUUUUGCCAAAUCAGGGCAAUUUUUAAGCUAAAAAUUCCGCCUCAUCCCCCGAGGAAUUAUUAACAGAAUUUAUUAACGUGAAUCUUUAAUUCUUCUAAAUACACUGCUGAAGAUGAAUCAAAAUAGAUUCGAAAUAUACAGUUUUUAAAAUAGAUGUGUUGCAAUUAAAAUGCAUACUUUUUUCGAAAUAACAUUAGUUUUAUAUUUGCUGAAACUAUCAGCCGGAAAAGGAAUCUUUACGGAGCAGUCGAAUAUAUACUGAUAUUGGGCAUAUGCACCAAUAAUGCAUGCAUUGUUUUAUACAUGUGAAAAGACCAAAGUUGAAACGGAACCAACGAAUCUAGUAAAACACAAAUUAGAAUAUUAUGCAAUUUAAACUUAUUAUGCGCGACGAAUUUGCCCUGCUCGAAGAAGCAUGACUAUAUGGCUCAUCAUAGAAACUAUUGAGCCCAACAGUUGAAUUCCAUAUAAGCAUAGCUAUUUUUGGAAUAUCAUCACAACAACCAGACAAACAUGGUUGCAUGAGACCUAUAAUCUCGUUGCUUCAUCUUAACAGAUUUUCUUGCGAGAUUUCACGCAAUUGUCUCACCCUCCCUCAUUAAUUUCACUUCAUUGUAGAAGCAUCACUACAAAGUGUCAAGAGCCGAAACGACAAAACUCACGAUGUCUGAAAAUAGUUCUACAACCAAUCUGCAAGAAAGUGAGGGUAUAUCAUCGUAUGCGUACAAGGUUAUAUCUUCACUCUUCAUGUGGACUCUUAUUAUUGUGAUAGUUGUUGGAAAUUUGCUUGCAAUUGCUGCGUACUGUAAAGCAACUCGACUGCGUAUUGUCACCAGAUGUUUCAUUAUAAAUCUUGCAGUGACUGAUCUUCUUGUUGGCGCAAUAAUAAUGCCGUUCUGGUUUCAUCGCAUGUUACAAGAUCGUCAAGUUACGGCGAGCAUGUUAUACAAAUCAUGGAUCACGCUCGAUAUAUCGUGUGCGACUGCGAGCAUUACAAGUCUAGCAGUGGUCUCAAUUGACAGAUACAUAGUUAUCAGUAAACCGUUGUCAUAUGAAAGAUUCCUGCCGAAAUCAAGAGCUAUUUUUGUAAUACUUUUAGUAUGGUGUUAUUCCUUUGGCGUUGCAGUACUGCGUGAAACCAAAUGGCGAUAUUACUCUCUACUUGUCACAGGAUUUUCAUUUCUCCUGCCACUUGGGACAAUUCUAUUUGCGUACGCAAAUAUAUUCAAGGCGGCAAAAGCUCAAGCGAAGCGCAUCCGGCGCAGCUGCCUGCCUAAUUCAAGUGAAUCAAACACAAAUAAGAAACAUUUUGACAAAGAACUCAAGGCAACUAAGACAAUCUCGUUAGUCAUUGGAGCGUUUCUAGCAUGCUGGCUGCCUUUCUUCGUACUAUCACUACUCAGUAAGUACUGUACAAAAUGUACGAUAUCAUUUGAAGUGGUCAUCAUAGUCAAGUGGCUUCAUUACGCCAAUUCAGCACUAAAUCCCAUAAUAUAUUCAAUGCAUAAUCGUGAUUUUCGCGCAGCCUUACAGUCAAUAUUGUUCAAUAAAAAUAGCCAUGUAUUUGAGUCAGCAGAUAAUACUCAUAGUGUACAUCAUGUCAUUACCAGAGCUGUACAGAUUCGCCGAAAUCGAAGUGGAACAAAAACAUCCCGUGUUUGAAAUCAUCAUCGUUUAGAAUUCCAUGAAAUACUUUAAUCAAGGGAUGUGUUACUUCGAAAAAAAGAGUAUUAAACUCUCUGCCAGUUUAAAAUCCACACGAUAUUUUUUUUGGAAUGUGUUGCGACAUUUUUGCUGUGAAUUUUGAAUUGAAAGUAUAGUAUAUGACGAUUGAAGGGAAUAUGUUUUUUAAACUUGUCGAGUGAUAUACCCUUCGGAAAACUGCAAGCAAGGUUCUACAUCUGUCAGUAAUGCAUGUAUUAAUAUCUAUACGAGCUGUUCAUACAUGAGCACGGGGGACCAUCUGAGCGAGAACUGCAUCUCUUGCAAGUACAUAAAAACAUUUGUGUGUGACGGAGAGACGAGCCAGUCCUGACACAGGUUCGAUCCUAGUCGGCCUAGUCAUGUGGGGUUCCCUAACUAAAAACGCUUUAUACCGCCUGAUGACCGAUCACUGUAAUAUAACGUAGUAAAAAUUCAAGCAUUUCGAGAGAAUCAUGUUUAUAUAACUUCGCCCCACCGGAAUAUAAAAAAGUGAUAUGAACAAAAAAGAUAAUUCGUUCAACUCAACUGACGAGUUUGCUAGCGAACUAGGCUCAUAUGAACAUGUACAUAAGUGGAAAAAACCAGCUACAAUUUAUCUCGGAUCAGAAAAGAAACACAACAGAUUUACUCCCUCGUAAUGUCGCACCACCUGACACCUGGAGCUGAUAGAACAAACAGAAGCAUGGCGUCAUAUGUAGAUUAAUGUUAUCAAAAGAGAUAAUCUAUCUAUGAAGUUAGGCAAUAUAGUCUAUAUUAAUUGUAUAUAUAUCAAUCAUGAAAUUAUAUGUAUAAAUCUGAAUGGAAU